CCAGGGUCAUCAGUGACGGGCCUUCGCCACUUUCCUCCGCGGCUCCCUCCACCUCUCCGCUGAAUGAAGACACCUCAGGUGAAAGAUGGACGUCUGGCCAACAGUGGUCUGGAUCCUGGUGAUCAUCUCUGACCGGUUCAAAACUGUCCAAACACGGGACUUCACCAUGCAGGACAUUGUUCAGCUGCAUCCAUCAACCACGCCUCACCCCGGCAGCUUCAAGUGCUUCACGUGUCGAGACGCCGCAGACAACUACGAGUGUAACCGCUGGGCCCCAGAUGUUUACUGUCCAAAAGGAACCAGGUUCUGCCACACGCUUCAYAUGAUGGACGAGCGUGGAGACAGCGUGUCCGUCACCAAACGCUGCGCCGCGCUGGACAGCUGCCGCCUCGCCGGCUGCGUCAACCUCACUCACAACGGCUUCCAGGUCUGCACCUCCUGCUGUGAGGGGAACAUCUGCAACGUCCUGGUGCCGAGAAACGACAGCAGCGCCGUUUUCUCCACCUCCGCUCUGGUCGGCUCAGGGAGGAAGCUUCAGGCUGCUGCACCGCUCAUCAUCAUCAUCAUCAUCACCUCCACAGCUGGACGAGACUGAGAAGUCUAAUGAUAAAAACCURCUCCGUUUAAAUUCUGUUCAUUCGUUUGAUUUUUCACUAAUUUAUUUAUAAGUAUUAAUAAAAGCAUGAUGUCAGAUUUGUGAAAUAAAUCAGGACCUUGUGUUGUGUAA